AUGCCUCCCGGUGACGAGCCCGCCUCUGCAAUGGCUUCGGCUGGCCCGACUGCUCCAAUGGUCACAGUUGCCCAACAUCGCGACCAUGCUACGGACAUUCAACCCGAGCGUGCGGCAAAGGAUAUUUUUCAACGUGACACAGAAGUGUUAAAUGCUGAGGUGAUGUGGUGUCUCAAUGCUGUCAUGACGCACACAUCAUUCCGUGCUGCCGCGGCAUCGGCUUCUCUGUUCCCGUUGAUGUUCCCAUCAUCAGCUACUGCCAAGAAAGUGCAGCUUGGCAAAGAUAAUGUGGGAUAUACUAUUGUCUAUGGCCUCGCACCUUUCUUUAGAGAGAGCCUCGUGUCGGAAUUGAACCAAGCCUCCUACCUCGUCUUAGCGUUUGACGAAUCGUUAAACAAAGUUGCACAGAAGGAGCAAAUGGACGUGUUGGUUCGCUUUUGGUCGGAUGCAGAGGGAAGCGUGAAAACACGCUACCUGACGUCAUGCUUUCUUGGGCGCACGCAAGCUGAAGAAUUGGUGUCCGCAUUUAAAAGUGCCACUGAUGGACUCUCACGUUCGAAAAUUCUUCAGAUAUCAAUGGACGGGCCAAACGUCAACAUGAAGUUUCUCCGUGAGAUCAAGCAAGAACUGUGUGAAUCCAAUGACGGCCGCCAAAUUCUCGACGUUGGAAGCUGUGGCCUUCAUGUGGUGAACGGCGCGUUCAAAACUGGACAUGCGGCAACAGGAUGCUCACUUUCACCAAGUUCAAGCAUGUCAUCAUCAGACAUGACGCUGCGAACAGUGUUCUUUGACCUGUGUGGGCCCACUGAGACAGGAAUGUCCCCAGACUCCAUGCGUUUUGACAGCUAG